UGGCGAGGCGGGAUCCUCCCUUCUCCUCUCAAUGGGGGAAUGCGGCGGCACAGGCGGGACUAAGGCGACGGAGGGCCGCCGAGGGAGGAGGCGUGGCCCCAGCAGCCCUUCUUUUAAAAUCAGCCACGGGCAUCAGCUUGCAAGCGCCCUGAGAAACGGCAGCAGCGAGCAGUGGUUGCGGAGGGGACGCCGGCGCAGAGCUCAGCGGGCAAAUCUGCAUUGACUUCGACUCCAAGACCACCGGAGACCUUCAGUGACUUGCAUCUAAGCCGAGAGAGAGAUCACAAUGUCUAAAAAAAUCCAUGGCGGAUCUGUGGUGGAGAUGCAAGGAGAUGAAAUGACCCGUGUGAUCUGGGAUCUGAUUAAGGAAAAGCUGAUCUUUCCCUAUGUGGAUCUAGAUCUUCACAGCUAUGAUCUGGGCAUAGAGAACCGCGAUGCAACCGAUGACAAGGUCACCGUGGAAGCCGCAGAAGCUAUCAAGAAAUACAAUGUCGGAAUCAAGUGCGCUACUAUCACUCCAGAUGAGAAAAGGGUAGAGGAAUUCAAGCUGAAGAAGAUGUGGAAAUCUCCAAAUGGAACGAUCCGAAACAUUCUUGGGGGCACAGUCUUCAGGGAAGCCAUUAUCUGCAAAAACAUCCCCCGACUAGUAUCUAGCUGGGUAAAGCCCAUCAUCAUUGGCCGUCAUGCUUUUGGAGACCAAUACAGAGCCACAGACUUUGUCGUUCCUGGCCCUGGAAAGGUAGAGAUGACCUACACACCGAAGAAUGGAGGCAAACCCAUAACUUAUUUGGUCCAUAACUUUGAAAACUGUGGAGGUGUGGCUCUGGGAAUGUUCAACCUUGACCAGUCCAUUGCGGACUUUGCCCACAGUUCUUUCCAGAUGGCGCUGUCUAAAGCAUGGCCUCUGUACUUGAGCACCAAAAACACCAUUUUGAAGCAAUAUGAUGGGCGUUUUAAGGACAUCUUUCAGGAGAUCUAUGAGAAGGAGUACAAGUCACAGUUUGAGGCCAAAAAGAUAUGGUAUGAGCACCGGCUGAUUGAUGACAUGGUGGCCCAGGCGCUAAAAUCUGAGGGAGGAUUUAUCUGGGCCUGCAAGAACUACGAUGGGGAUGUUCAGUCUGACUCGGUUGCCCAAGGUUAUGGCUCCUUAGGGAUGAUGACUAGUGUCCUGAUCUGCCCAGAUGGCAAAACUGUUGAGGCUGAAGCUGCUCACGGCACAGUCACCCGCCAUUAUCGCUUGUACCAGAAAGGUCAAGAAACCUCUACAAACCCGAUCGCAUCCAUCUUUGCCUGGAGUAGAGGUCUUGCUCACAGAGCAAAGUUGGAUAACAGCACAGACCUUAAGAACUUCGCUUCUGCCUUGGAGGAUGUUUGCAUAGAGACCAUUGAAGCUGGCUUUAUGACAAAAGAUCUGGCUGCUUGUAUCAAAGGGUUACCCAAUGUGACGCGCUCUGACUACUUGAACACAUUUGACUUCAUGGAUAAACUUGCUGAAAACCUAAAGGCAAAGCUCUCUUCCCAGCCAAGACUUUAAGGAACAGACCUCAAGAAUUGCUCCAGAAAGAAGGUCGCCUGCCACAUGAAUGAAUCGCACUGUUGUGUAGUAUAGCACUUGGGGGGGGGGAAUAUGUCUACAUUGUCAGAUUUUGUUUUUUGUAAAAAGGCACACAGGGCAGGCUAGAUGGCUGCCUGUGAAUUAAGCUGUUAGCCUUCUUGCCAACCAAAACCCACAGUGACAGUCCUUACUGGGGGUGGAGAUGAGCUCUACAGUGAAUGAUUUAAAUAAUGGAGUAGGUUUUGUUUUCUAGCUGGCUGUUGGGCCCUUACCGGAGUAUGUAAAGCACUGCAAGAUUUUAAAACCUAGUGAAAUUGGACAAAGGCUGCAAUCCUAACCUCAGUUGCCUGAGAGUAAGCCCCAAUGAGUUCAGUAGGCUUUGCUUCUGAACAGACAUGGUUAGAAGUGCACUGCAAAGCCUCACGUUGGCAGGAUUGUAAGAGGAUUCUACUAAUGUUAGAGUUGUGAGUAUAUGCCACAGUUCAAUA